AUGGCAGAUUCGGACGAAGAAUACGUUGCAGAAUUCGAUUCCGAAGACCACGAUGACGAUCUUGGUGAAGACGACGAGGACGAUGAACCAGACACCCGCAACGUGAUCCCCGGAAAGUCCAGUCGCCGUCGCGGCAAGCGGAAAAAACAACGCGAGGGACAUGAGUUACUGAGAGACACAACUCCUCUUCAACGUGGAAUCAUACGGCAUCUGAUUUUGGUCUUGGAUCUAUCGAUCGCCAUGACGGAAAAGGACCUUCGACCCACGCGCUACCUUCUUACCCUUCGUUUCGCUCAGGAAUUUGUUCUUGAAUAUUUUGAACAGAACCCGAUCUCCCAGCUCGGAAUAAUAGGCAUGAGGGAUGGCUUAGCAGUUAAGAUAAGUGAUAUGAGUGGGAAUCCUACCGAGCACAUCCUAGCGCUCCAAGCUCUGAGAGCAAAAGACCCAAACGGCCUCCCAAGUUUGCAAAAUGCCCUUGAAAUGGCUCGCGGGACACUCUUUCAUACACCAAGCCAUGGGACCCGCGAAGUCCUGAUAUUAUUCGGCGCUCUCCUUUCAUCUGACCCAGGCGACAUUCACCAAACCGUCUCAUCCCUCAUUUCCGAUAAAAUACGCGUCGGGGUCGUUGGCCUCGCAGCUGAAGUAGCCAUAUGCCGGGAGAUAUGCGCCAAAACUAAUGCCGGCGACGAUAGUGGCUAUGGCGUAGCGCUCAACGAGCAGCAUUUUCGGGAGCUAAUGAUGGAAACCACAACCCCGCCUGUUACCUAUUCCAAGAAGCAGGCCGCAAAUUCCCUUCUGAUGAUGGGAUUCCCCUCCCGCACCGUGGAACCCGCUCCAUCUAUGUGUGCUUGCCAUUCAAUGCCGUCCCGGGGUGGCUAUCUUUGUUCCAGAUGCGGAAGCAAAGUCUGCACCUUGCCUGCGGAAUGUCCAGCAUGUGGACUGACACUGAUUCUUUCCACGCAUUUGGCUCGUUCGUACCACCACCUAUUCCCCUUGAUUAACUGGAUCGAGGUUCCUUGGAAGAAAGCCUCGACUAGUGCGAAUUGCUUUGCCUGUGGUAACCCUUUCCCCGCGGUGCCACCCCGUGCCCAAUGGGAAGCGCGUGAGAACAUGGCCAAGGGAAUGUCGUUCAGCAAGCGCUGCAUUUAUCUGGCGUCUGGGAAUCUGGAGGGCACAUUCGCUGUCGCACGUUCUUCAUAUAAACUGCAACAGGAGGUGUGGAUGCAAACAGUGCAAACAUAG